UUCACGGUAUUCAAAGGUGCGGUAAAGUUUGAAUAGACUCCACUGUAUGCUAUACAAACUCAAUGAGCUGGAAUCAAGAAAGUACAUAAGUACACACACCUUGCACGUAUGGUCUUCAUUCAGUGGUAUGGUGGUAUGCACAGGUGAAUCUUAACUGUCUUUUUAUUGGAAAUAGUCGCCAGUUAACCGUCAGAUAAAGGUGUUAACAUCUAUAACUAGUGUUUGGGGAAAGGUGCCCGGCAUUGACUUGGUUUGAUUGCUUAGUGUUUGGGUGUCGACUAAAGAGUGUUUCGCUGAGUCGUUUAACAUCAUGUCUGAUGACGAAGGAGUGGGGUCUGGUCUGAGUUACUCCGUACUGGAGGACGAUACAGAGACCCGUGCCCCCAGCUACAACCGUUCAUCAUUCAUGAACUCCGGCCUAGCGUCUAACCGGUCCACCUCCCUCAGUGGGUGUCUCCGCGCCUCUGUGCCCCAUCUCAUUAUCGUCUCCGUCUACCUCGUCUACCUUCUCGGUGGUGGGGGUGUCUUCCUGGCUAUCUACCGGGCACAGGAGGCCCCGAUCCAGGCGGCUCUUCAGACCGAGGAGGCGAAGUACGAGGAAGCGAAGGUUAAGAUCACCGAGGCAAUAGAGUCCUACGAUGUUCAUGGACUUUCGGAAAAGUUGGAGUUGUUCAUGAAGUUGACCGAGGAGCAAAACUCUGAUUACUUGAAAAUCGAAGCAGGACCAGAGUUGACGUACAUGAGGAGUGUUGUGUAUUGCUUGACAACUAUAACUACAAUUGGUUACGGUGACUACGUACCCAUGACAACACUGGGUAAAGCACUUACCGUGUUCUACGCCCUUGUAGGGAUCCCGCUCACUCUGCUAUUCCUGAUCGACAUGGGGAGCCUUCUAGCGCGUCUACUCGACACUUUGGUUUCUAAGUGUCGCUGCAGACAAAUAAUGAAUAGUUAUCGACAGUCCAAUAUAUAUAAGAAUACAUCGGAGCCAGUCGGUGAUGACCAGCAGCGAGACGGCGAUGGUGAGACACGGGAGAACUACUGGCGGGACACGGCAUGGGGUCGGCGCAACGUCCCGAUCUACGUGAUCGUGGUCGUUUGGCUGGUAUUUUUCUUCAUGGCGAGUGUUUUUAUCGCCACGAUUGAGAAAUGGAGCUACGAAGAGGGGCUUUUCUUCACGAUUACCACCGUGACUACCAUUGGCUUCGGUGAUAUCGUACCCGUUCGGUUUCACACGGAUGUCCCGUCUUUCUUUGCGUGCCUGGUUCACAUCCUGGCCACUCUCUCGGUGAUGUCAAUGUGUUUCAUCCUUACGCUGCCUAAAAUUCUAAAGCUCAUUGCGAAAAUUGACGCAAAAGUUAAUUUCUAAAAACCGAAAACAAGCCCACAUGAACAAGAUUUUGAACAAAUAUGUAUUAAAAGUUUCGUUUCAACACAAUUCAGCAUGGUGGCUCAGUAAAUAUUUAGCUCGAUCUUCUAGCACAAGCGAACAGAGAACAGUUGGGCGCCCUCUGUUGUCACGAGUCAUUGCAUCAAAUCAUUUAGACAUUGUUACACAGCUAUACCAUUCAAAUUUUAAAUAAAUACUAAUAUAAUUUCAAUUAAUCAAAUAUUUCGCUUUUUAUGUUUGCCUGAUACCUUUUGCAAUGUUUGUAAGAAAUAAAGAUGGUGGUCAUGUUUUGGAUUAUCAACAAUACACCUUAUUGUUGUCUUUAUUCGUAAUGUGUGUCGGGAGGUCAUUUAUAGGUUAUGGGGUCAGCGUUAUUAGUUUGUAUUAAUUUGUGUUAAUCAGCAUUCCAAAUUGAAAUUUGAAUUUUGUUCUCUGAGAUUUUGAUUUCUUCAUCGACAUUUUGGUUGGAAGAGUUCUGUAAAUAAGUUAUUCCUUGGACGGUGAGGGACUUUUUUCUUCAAGGAAUUCGCUCGUGUUUGUAUCAAAUGUUUGUUGUGUGCUUAUCUGGUGUGAACUGUAAGUUGUUGGUGUUAAGUGCUUGGAAAUAAAAUAUAAUAAAAUAAAAUAAAACAAAACAAUUGUGAUGAA